GUAUGUUUUUGAUAAAAGAUUAUAAAGAUUUUUUCUUUUUUGAAGGUAAAAUGGCUGAAGGAUAUUUAGGAAUAAAUAUACUUUUUCUUGAAGAAAGAAUAAGAAGAAUAGAAAGAAGAUUAGACAGAAGAAUAUUGCGAGAUGCUCAAAACCCAUUUGAGCUUCCUAAUGAUGGGUUUAUUGCUCAAUUUAGAGUAAAUAAGGAAUUGGUAAUGAAUAUGGUUAACAUUCUGAGACCACACUUACAAAAACAGCGAAUAACUGCAUUAUCUCCAGAGAUCUAAGUACUGGUAGCACUUGGUUUCUUUGCUAAUGGUAGUUACCAAAGACCAGCUGGUAAUCAAUGCGAAUUGGUUGUAAGCCAACCAUGUGCCAGUCGCUGCAUAAGAAAAGUUGCAUUAUUAAUAAAUGUACAUUUGUUGCUUCAAUGGGUAAGAUUUCCUAUGACGGCAAAUGAAAGAACAACUGCAGGAAAUAUGUUUGCAUUAGCCCCGCAACCAUUUCCUGGUGCCAUUGGUGCAAUAGAUUGCACAUUCAUUAAUAUACUUGCACCACAUAUACAUGAGGAAGCUUAUGUAAACCAUCACGGAAAUCAUUCUUUAAAUGUUCAAGCAAUAGUUGAUCCAGAUUUAAAAAUACUUAACAUUAACGCACGAUAUCCAGGAGCAAGGAAUGAUGCUUACAUAUGGAAUUCUUCCCCAAUCAGAAAUGUUAUGGAAUAUUUUUAUAACCAUGGUGAAAGGAGAACUUAUUUGAUUGGUGAUGCAGGAUAUCCUUUAGAACCUUGGCUCAUAACACCACUGCCACAUUAUCCACAACAAAGUCGACAAUUUCAUUAUAAUGAAAAGUUAUGCAAAGCAAGAAGUAUCGUGGAGAGAUUUUUUGGAGUUCUUAAGGAAACAUGGAGAUGUUUGUCUUACCAACGUGUACUGAUGUAUGCUCCAGAAAUAGCAGGGCAGAUUGUAAAUGCAUGCGCAGUUCUACAUAACAUGUGUUUACAUUAUCGAAUACCAUUUGAUAUAGAAAAUUUACAAAAUGAAUAUGCAGAACCUGAUGAGAUAAACAAUGAUGAAGCAGAAAUACAAGAUGGAAAUCCUCGUCGAGCACCUAGAGCAAUAGCACAACGGAUACAAAAACAAAUUAUGCGGGAGUGGUUUCCUAAUUAUAAUUGUGCAUGGGAUAAUGAGAGAAAUGAAUAGAAUUACGAAUAAAAAAA